AUGAGAAAAAGGGAAAGCUAAGGAUGCUGGAGCAGAACAAUGGAUUUCUCUUUCUCUUUCAUGCAAGGGAUCAUGGGAAACACAAUUCAGCAACCACCUCAACUCAUUGACUCAGCCAACAUCCGCCAAGAGGAUGCCUUUGAUGCCAGCAGUGACAUUGCUGAAGAUGGUGGACAAACGCCAUACGAAACUGCCCUGCAGCAAGGCUUUCAGUACCCUACGCCCACGACAGAGGACCUUCCACCCAUCACAAAUGGCUACCCACCAACAAUCAAUAUGUACGAACCUCAAGCCAAAUACCAGACGUACAGUCAAUAUCCUAAUGGUUCAGCCAAUGGUUUUGGUACAGUCAGAAACUUUAGUCCCCCAGAGUAUUACCAAAUGGAAAACUCUAAUGCAAGGCCACACGAAGUUCUGGAAAAACCUUCCCCUCCACAGCCGCCGCCUCCACCACCACCUUCAGUUUCACAAACGGUGAUUCCAAAGAAGACUGGCUCACCAGAGAUCAAAUUAAAAAUAACCAAAACUAUCCAGAACGGCAGGGAAUUGUUUGAGUCCUCUCUGUGUGGGGACCUUUUAAAUGAAGUACAAGCGAGUGAGUAUGCUAAGGCGAAACAUGAAGGGAGAAAAGAGAAAAGGAAAAAAAGUAGCAAGCAUGACUCUUCCCGAUCGGAAGAGCGCAAGUCACACAAAAUUCCAAAAUUAGAACCAGAGGAACAAAAUAGACCAAAUGAGAGGCUUAGCACGCUAUCAGAAAGACCAAGAGAAGAUACAGUGUUGGAGGAAACCCCGGUCCAGCAGUUCUUGCCUUCUCUUCCAACACAAGUCACCCAUGACAUCAAGUUUCAGGUUGGCGAUCUGGUUUGGUCCAAGGUGGGAACAUACCCGUGGUGGCCUUGCAUGGUUUCAUGUGAUCCACAGCUUGAUGUUCAUACCAAAAUUAAUACAAGAGGUGCCCGUGAAUACCAUGUUCAGUUUUUUAGCAACCAGCCAGAGAGGGCGUGGGUGCACGAGAAGCGGGUUCGAGAGUACAAAGGACACAAACAAUAUGAGCAAUUAUUGGCCGAGGCUGCUAAGCAAGCCAGCAACCACUCUGAGAAACAGAAGAUUCGCAAACCAAGGCCACAAAGAGAGCGUGCUCAGUGGGAUAUUGGUAUUGCCCAUGCUGAGAAAGCAUUGAAAAUGACGCGGGAAGAAAGGAUAGAACAAUACACCUUCAUUUAUAUAGACAAAGAGCCAGAGGAGGUUUUGUCAAAAGCCAAAAAGACUGCUGCUUCUAAAUCAGAGACCAAGAAGAACCGACGACCGAAGCCAGCAUUGAACACCCAGCCAGAACAUGCCAACGUGGUAGCAGCAUCGCCUUCAAAUGCUGAGGUGCGAAGACAAAGCCAGCGGAGGCAGUCAAGUGUGGAAGAAGAGGAGCCACCUCCUGUGAAAAUCGCAUGGAAAACAGCUGCAGCUAGAAAAUCCUUACCAGCUUCAAUAACCAUGCACAACUUGGAUCUUCAAAAAUGUAACAUGUCUCCAGUUGUUAAAAUUGAACAGGUUUUUGCCCUUCAGAAUGCUGCUGGGGAUGGAAAACUCAUCGAUCAGUUUGUUUAUUCCACUAAGGGAGUUGGUAACAAAACAGAAAUAAGCGUCAAAGGACAAGAGAAACUUAAUUCUUCAUCAAAUCAGAGAAAUGAAAAAGGAGCGGUGCAAAAUGUGUCCUCUCCUGAAACAACUUGUGGGUCAACAGGUUCUGUAGAAAAGAAGCAACAGAGAAGAUCGAUUCGAACCCGCUCAGAGUCUGAGAAAUCCACUGAAGUUGUGCCAAAGAAGAAGAUCAAAAAGGAGCAGGUUGAAAUGGUUCCACUGACAGCAGUGAAGACAGGAUUGCAGAAAGGUGCCAGCGAGAUUUCAGAUUCUUGUAAACCUUUAAAGAAAAGGAGUCGUGCCUCAACUGACGUAGAACUGACUAGUUCAGCUUACAGAGAUACAUCUGACUCUGAUUCAAGAGGACUCAAUGAUUUACAGGGUAGUUUUGGAAAACGUUCAGACAGCCCAUCAGCUACUGCCGAUGCUGAUGCUUCUGAUGUGCAGUCGGUAGACUCUAGCUUAUCCAGGAGAGGAACUGGAACAAAUAAAAAAGACACUGUUUGUCAGAUCUGCGAGAGCUCUGGUGAGUCUCUGGUGUCCUGCGAGGGCGAGUGUUGCAGUGUCUUUCAUAUGGAGUGUCUCGGCCUGAAGUCAAUGCCCGAUGAGAAGUUCAUCUGCACUGAGUGUAAAAACGGAGAACAUACGUGCUUUUCAUGCAAACUUCCUGGCAAAGAUGUGAAGCGCUGUUCCGUCAACACGUGCGGUAAAUUUUAUCACGAGGCCUGUGUUCGCAAGUUUGCCACUGCUCUGUUCGAGUCACGAGGAUUUCGUUGCCCGCAGCACUGUUGUACUGCCUGCUCAAUGGAUAAGGAUAUUCAUAAAGCAAGCAAAGGUCGCAUGGUGAGAUGUUUCAGAUGUCCCAUUGCCUAUCACUCAGGAGAUGGCUGUAUUGCUGCAGGAAGCUUGUUUGUGUCAUCCCACAUUCUCAUCUGUAGUAACCAUUCCAAAAGGAAUCACUCCUCAUCAGCUGUAAAUGUAGGCUUUUGUUUCGUUUGUGCAAGAGGGUUGGUAGUGCAGGAUCAUUCAGACCCCCUGUUCAGUUCAUAUGCCUAUAAGUCCCACUACCUACUGAAUGAAUCAAAUCGUGCUGAGUUGAUGAAAUUACCUAUGAUUCCUCCUCCUUCGUCAGCUUCCAAAAAGAAAUGUGAGAAAGGUGGAAAACUGUUAUGCUGUGAAUCCUGCCCAGCUUCCUUUCACCCUGAGUGUCUCAACAUAGAAAUGCCUGAAGGAUGCUGGAAUUGCAAUGACUGUAAAGCUGGCAAGAAGCUACGUUACAAGCAGAUUGUUUGGGUCAAGCUUGGAAAUUACAGGUGGUGGCCAGCAGAGAUCUGCAAUCCCAGGUCUGUGCCUCUCAACAUACAGGGCCUCAAACAUGAUAUCGGGGACUUCCCAGUAUUUUUCUUUGGUUCACAUGACUACUAUUGGGUACACCAGGGCAGAGUUUUCCCUUAUGUUGAAGGAGAUAAAAGCUUUGCUGAGGGGCAAACUAGUAUUAACAAGACCUUCAAGAAAGCACUUGAAGAAGCGGCAAAGCGCUUCCAGGAGCUGAAAGCACAAAGAGAAAGCAAAGAGGCAUUAGAAAUUGAAAGAAAUUCAAGGAAACCUCCACCUUAUAAACACAUUAAAUCCAACAAGGUAAUAGGGAAGGUUCAGAUUCAGGUAGCUGAUCUGUCAGAAAUCCCUCGCUGUAACUGCAAGCCAUCGGACGAGAACCCCUGUGGCCUGGAGUCGGAGUGUCUGAACAGGAUGCUGCAGUAUGAGUGCCAUCCCCAGGUGUGCCCAGCGGGAGAGCGAUGUCAGAACCAGUGUUUCACCAAAAGACUCUACCCUGAUGCUGAAAUCAUAAAAACUGAUCGACGUGGAUGGGGUCUCAGGACAAAAAGGAGCAUUAAAAAGGGUGAAUUUGUGAAUGAAUAUGUUGGCGAGCUGAUUGACGAAGAAGAGUGCAGAUUGCGGAUCAAACGUGCACAUGAAAACAGCGUAACCAAUUUUUAUAUGUUAACUGUAACAAAGGACCGGAUAAUAGAUGCUGGCCCAAAGGGGAAUUACUCUCGUUUUAUGAACCAUAGUUGUAAUCCAAACUGUGAAACACAGAAAUGGACAGUGAAUGGUGACAUUAGAGUUGGACUGUUUGCUCUUUGUGAUAUUCCUGCAGGAAUGGAGUUAACAUUCAAUUACAAUUUGGAUUGCCUGGGCAACGGUAGGACCGAAUGUCAUUGUGGAGCAGAAAACUGCAGUGGUUUCCUAGGAGUGCGUCCAAAGACAGCAUUUGCAACGGCAAAUGAAGAGAAGGUGAAGAAUGCAAAAUUAAAGCAGAAGAAACGGAAAAUAAAAACAGAACAGAAGCAGAUGCAUGAAGACAACUGUUUCCAGUGUGGAGAUGGGGGAGAGCUAGUCAUGUGUGAUAAAAAGGACUGUCCCAAAGCAUACCACCUCCUAUGCCUUAACCUGACUCAACCACCUUUUGGAAAGUGGGAAUGUCCGUGGCAUCAGUGCGACGUCUGUAGCAAUCCUGCAGUUUCAUUCUGUGAGUUUUGCCCUCAUUCAUUCUGUAAAGAUCACGAGAAGGGAGCCCUGGUGGCAUCAGCGUUGGAUGGCCGUCUCUGCUGCUCUGCACAUGACCCCAAAUCUCCUGUGGCACCUGAGUACUGGAGCAAGAUAAAGUGCAAAUUGGAACCACAGAAUCCUGUAGAAGAAGCAAAGGAGUGAAUUUGGUUAAAAACAAACAAGGGAGGGGAGAAGAGGGGCAAACAGGCGAUGAACUUGAAGAGACUGCUAUGACACAUUCAGUCUUUGUCAUCGGAGCCGUCGUGUGUGAACUGGGAACGGGACCAUUUAAUCUUAGCAAGCAGAAGCAGGCAGUGGUGUUUGUUUUUUAUUGUUUGGUCUUUUACCCUUGAAUGUGCUACAGCAGCUCUUACUGUUGGAAACCAGAAAGGUCUUGGCCUUCAAAGAAAAACGUAGACCUUUUGACAGUGAAAAGAAAAUUCUGUUUAAAAUGUUCUCUGAGUGUAGAAAGCAAAGCAUAGCAACAUAUUUAUUUAUUUAAUUUUUAAAGGGUGUUGAAGAUCUGGUUUUGAUCAGUCAACGUGUCUUUAAAAACAAAAUAGCAAAGCCAAUGUAACUUUUAUGUCUAGUUUAUGAAAAGAAUAAAGCCUCCCCACUCUGUGUAACAUUGAGAUGCCAUAAAGACAGAUGUGGGUUUCAGACCAGGUGACCCUGAAAUGCCUCCAUUCCAGUACUUAUUUUUAAAGGCAUUUUGAGAAGGUAGGUUAUAUAUCAUGUUAACUUGUGAAUAUUAUUGAAAAGCUUUUCCUAUGAGAAAUCAGGUGUAUGACUUCUUGGAAGUGCUUGUAACACGAGAUCUAGCAUUGUUUAAGGAGGGAAGAAAUCAUGGUUCCUUGCUCAAGAGCUAUAAUCGGUGUUUGCAGACAGGUGGAAAUUCAGAAAGAGCUUAAUUGCACGAUGGUAAUUUCUUUAUCCCGCCUAAUUUGGAAAACCUUCGUAGUUAGGAGAGCCUCCUGGCCUCGGUCACAUACUGCAGCACACUCAGAACUGAAGUCUUAAUCCUGCCAGUGGGAGCUCUGCCACUGACUUCUUUAGAUGGAGGAUUGUUCCGUGCACAUGUAUUUGUCAUCUGCCAAAUCUGCACUUGUUUUAUGGCAAUUAUAUUAGUGUGAUUCUUUAUUGCCGCCUUCUCAGACUCCCUUUAGCUUCAAAGGAAAUUUGAGCGCUUAAGGAAUCCAACCCAUGUGCAUGUUUGUUUUGAUUGAAUGUUUAGAUUUUUUUGCUGAGAGAGAUCUUCUGACUUUAAUCUUCAUUGUUAACGGAGCUAAGAAAAAUCUCAGCACUUCUUCAAUGAACAGGGUAUUUUCUGUCUGGGUAAGGGGCCGUAUUCGCAGCAGCCAACUUCAGCCUCAUGAGACAGUUCUCUCUUGGGUUUCUUCUGUUAAUCGGUAGAGAGACAGGCUCCUUCAGUGAGGCUUUUGAAAUGGCUUAGGUAGGCUCCUGCUCCAGAUUUUCUUUUGAAAACCUAUCCUCCUCCAUUUCUUGUGCAGGGAGCCUAGGGGGACUAGUUUCCCCAGGCUGAAGUUAGUCUUUGGUGAAUCUUCUCCCCUGGCCCCCCAUCUUACAAGGCGCUGUGCAUCUCCCCCUGCCCUGAUACAGUUAGAGCGUACUUUUGACUUGUAUACCGAUAUGAGCUAACUUCAUGCUAGCUUUUUGCUAAUGGGUAUUGAAAACAAUCCUGAAUGAAAAGAAUUAAGUGUUGCUGGCAUCUGGCUAAAUUAAGCCUUUGAAUUAAGAAUUAAGAACCUUAUCUCUGGAAAACUGCUUACAUAAACCUACAGGAACACGGUGACUUCUCAGUUCAAGAAAGUAGUAGGCUGAAAAAGUACAUGUGGGAUUUUGGAACAUGUCUUCCCUCUGGCUGGUGUCCUUCUCAUCCUCAAAUUUAUGUACAGGGGGGGAAAUUUUUUUGUGUGCAAUUGUAAAAUUACAAAAUACACUACAGUCUCUUUAAGCAGCUGCUGUGCCAUUUAACUGAUCCGGCAGUUCAUCUUCUGAACGGUCUGCAGAUGCCUUUCCUACAAACUUGUGGGUGUCUUGGGUGGCAUAACUGUGCAGAUCUCUCGUGGGUCAGUUUAUGGUACAGAGGGCUAAUGGGCUCUAUAAAGCACUUCAUCUUGUGGUCCGUACUACAGUGAAUGUCUGAAACACUACUCUUGCUUGAAAGCAGUGCUAUAUUUUGGUAUUUUUUACAAAAAAAAUUUACAAAAAGGAUUUUAUUUUUCUUAACGUUUUGUGUGAUAAAUGUCUCUUUUUAAGCUCUUACUGGGGGUGUUUAACCUUUUCAGAAAUUCCAAACAUAGCUCUUGCUACAGUGUCUGUAAGGCCCGAUGUGUUUACUUUAUAUUAUUUAUUAGGCUUGGUAACGUUCAAAUUGUUUUCUCUUAGAGCAUUCUGAGUAUUGCAAAUACGCUAUCGUGUG